UCUUCGUCUCAGCACCAUGCCCAUUGCCUAUUUUAUCUGGUCUUGGGAUUAAGUCAUCGGCAUUGAGUCAUCUCAUCGUACAAAGGUCCCCAAAACGCCCAUGACUAUUGCUGACUGAGAGCCUCGGCGCUUGAGCGGCGACGAAACUGGAGAAAGGCUCCGCAAAUGAGUCGUACGGAGCGGAGGACGACCGAGGGACGAACGGCCAGCGACAUCUUCCUACCCAUUAUACAGCUCGCUGUAUGUACCUGUUUUUAGUGCUGCGCGGAGAAUAUGCCUACCCUUCUAAUAUAGACCUUUGACAACGGAACAGCGUGCAGCCCCAUUCUCUGGAUUUAAACUUUUCUUUUCUGUCAAUAUCGUCGAGGUUUCCGCACGGGCUGAGGUGGGGUUUUCGGCGUAGGUAACUAGCUGCACCACCCUAGGAAUGUUCCCAGUGUGCCGAAUGCAGCUCUCGGACCACCAUCCAUUUCCAGCCUUCUGGGACCCUCAUAGCCCACCCAGAACACACAUACACACAAACAGACACACAACACAUACCCCCAAUCCAUUCACUUCGUCUCACACUGUGCCAAGAGUUGUUCAUGACACUGAGCGAGAGAAAGUCAACCCUCCAGACUACCUUCCUCCAAGCCACCACCAGCCCUAGUUGUCCUUACUCCAAUUUACUUCCUUUGCUUCUUGUCUCACGGUCCAGGAACCCUGUUCUACAUUAUCGAUGCCUUGUACCGAUCCCAGCUGGGUUUCCCUGGAGUGAAUCCUCGCUGUCAUCACUUGAGAGGUGAGAGAGAUAGAUGAGAGGGGAACUUGCGAACCUAAUCCGAGCUAGCCAGCGGAGACAUAUCCACAUUUGUCAACGUCAGCAAACACUCAUCACACUCGCUCAAGUUCACUAAACAAACAAUGACGCCGCCGGCAUCUUCGGCCACGACCGCCCGACAGCAGCCCGACCCCGGCAGCGGCAGCAAACAACAACUCAGUUGCGCCAACUGCCGCCACCGUAAAAUCAAAUGCGACAAGCUGCAGCCGCGCUGCGAGCAGUGCAAGCGCUCUGACCUCGACUGCGUUUUCCCCUCGCGGAAGCGGAACCGCAAGCCUCGCCAGGCCAGGCAGAACGAGCUGCUGAACCGCAUCACUCGUCUGGAGAGCAUCGUUAGUAAGGUCGAAUCGGGCAGUCUCGAUGGGCCCUCCAGGCCCUCCAAGCCCGCCGCCGCUGGAGCCGCGUCCAUCGGCAGGAGAAGCGCCGGCUCCGUGGUUGAUAUGAACGACGCCGCGCCGUCGCCUUCGGAAGGGUGGGACCCUCAGCCGGCCCCGCCGACCAACUACAUGAGCGCUGAGUUCUGGGAGAACCUAUGCUCGGAGGUUGAAGGUAUGAGGCAAGCCCUGGAUCAGCCCUCGGAGAGCGAAGCAUCCGAGGAUGAGGACCCGGUGUCGACGGCGAGCCCCGGCUCUGUUGCCGUCAGACCACAGGGCCAGAGCCAGGGCCAGAGCCAGACCCCGCCAGCGAUGUCGGGCUUGCUCUCCAGUAUCGAUUGCCACAGUACCGAGGAGUUGAAGCACCCGCCGCGCGAGCACAUCCUGUACAUGUGCAACGUCUUCUUCUCCAACAUCGACCCGGCGUUCAAGGUCAUCCACCGGCCAACCAUCUCGGCCGAGCUGGAGGCCUUUGCCAACUCGCCAAACAAGCGCGUCGACGUCGCCACCGAUGCCUUGUUCUUUUCCAUGUAUUUUGGUGCCAUCACAGGGUUGUCUCAUGAGGCUUGCCUCACCAACCUGGGCGAGGAGAGACGCGUUCUCGCCCAGAGGUACAGGGAGGGCGUUGAGAAGGCGUUGCAAAAGGCGGACUUUCUCAACAGCACCGAACUCAGGACUCUCCAGGCGCUGACGUAUUAUGUUUGCUUUCUACGCAGCCAUAAUGCCAGCCGAGCCUCGUGGGCCCUCAUCCCACUCGUUGUCCGCCUCGCUCAGGCUCUGCAUCUCCACCGCGACGGCCCCUCGCCCCCGCUACCGCCCUUUGAGGCCGAGAUGCGGCGCCGCCUGUGGUGGAUGAUUGUCGUGCUCGACAUCCGUGCCGCCGAGGACCGCGGCACCGAAGCCUCCAUCCCCCGUCAAUCCUACAACACUAGGCUACCAUUCAAUCUAAACGACGACGACUUGAACCCGUCAAUGACGACACCCCUCGAAGACCGGACGGGGCCCACCGAGAUGACGUUCUGUCUCUGCACGUCCAUGUCGUCGGGCAUCUUCGCCAACUUGCGGCCGAAGCACCCGCAGCUCGCCUUGGACGCCGACGGAUCCUCGGAGCUGGCGACGUCGGAGGACGAAAUCAUGGCGCACGCGCAACGCCUCGAGGCCCUCUUCGGCACAGCACCGCCCAAAACGCCUGCCUCACCGUCCCAGGAGCAGCAACAGGAAGACGUCCGCAACCUCCCCGCUAGCCACGCCGCCGUGACGGUGCGCAUUAUCAUCCUCAAGAUGUGGCUAUCGGCACAGUAUCCCUUCACGCCGCGGGCGUCGACGGCGGCGGCGAAGCCUCGCGUUGCGCGAGAGACGAUGCUCCGCACGGCCGUCAACACGAUCGAGCUCGUCGAGCUUAGCACGGCGACGUACAGCGAGCGCUUCGGGUGGUGGAUCGACAGUUACGUGCAGUGGCACCCGCUCGCGGUCGCUCUGGCAGAGCUGUGUGUCCAGACGCGCGGGGAGCUGGUGGAUAGGGCGUGGAAGGUUGUGGACCGCAACUUCCACAGCAUGAGAGAGCGGAUAGCGGAUACGAGAAGGGGCACGCUGUGGAGGCCGUUGAGAAAGUUGCUGAGGAAGGCAAGGGCGGCGAGGGCCGAGGCGUUGAUGGGGGAUAUGAAGUUGGAGAAGUCUUCCGCACCGCCGGCUGUUGGGAGGACAAAAGAGGGAGAAGAAGAGGAGGAGGAAGAGGAGGAGGAGGAGAUGGACAAUGGCGGGGAAGAUGAGGAUGCUGACGUCGAUGUUGACGGUAACAACAGGGACGGACAUGGACAUAUCGGCGGUGGCUUUCAGCAGGGCUCGAAUGCGCCGGUGCUGCAUCCGGCCCUCCGAACGGACUGCAUCGGCAUCGGAAGCGUUGACGACGGUAGCGGCAGCAUGGUCGCUCCCGGCCCGAACACGGACCCCCAGACCGCCUUCAUGACGACGACCACGAACGCCACCGGCCUAGGAACACCGAUGACGAUCGAUGCGCAAUCGCCGCCGUCGCUGCCGCCGGCGGACCAUGCGAACAUGCCGAGCGUGCCGUACGGGCUGGUGCCCGAGGACAUGGACAUGUUCGCAAGCGGCACGCCCCUGUGGGACCACCCGCAGUACCUAAUCAACCACUUCGGGAUCCAGAUGAACGCCGGGGAUUUCGCUUGGGACACGAGCACGUGGAACGAGUUUGUCACCGACGCGAACUUGGAGAGGUCGCCCGGGGACGAUUGACGACCUCGACGAGAUGGGG